UUAUAUAUUUUGGCUCGCUCUGUCUCCACAGCUGUGAGUGAGUGACUGAGUUUGUUGUUGUUGUUGGUGGUGGUAUCAUCAGCGAGUUAAAACGAUGAAUUCGUUGGAAGGUGUGGUGGUGCAAAUCCAAGGGCUGUCGAGCAGCGCCGGAGACAUCUCACGCCUCCACGUCAUCCUAAAACAAGCCGAGGAAUCGCUCCGCUCCGAGUCGACUCGGCUGUCUCCGAUUCUCAACCAGCUCGACCCUUCCAAUCACUCUCUCGGUUAUCUCUAUAUCCUAGAGGCUUGCACAUCUGCUUCGGUUUCGAGAGAGCAAGCUGCUAUGCUGGUUCCCUACAUUGCCAGAUUUAUUAGUUAUUGUGCUCCAGAGCAAAUUCGUUUGGCCCCUGAAAAGUUCAUAGCUGUUUGUAAGAGGUUCAAGGACCAGGUCAUGCUACUUGGAACACCAAUGCGUGGGGUGGCUCCAUUGCAGGCAGCUGUACGGAAACUUCAGAAUUCUUCAGAACAUUUGACUACUUUGCAUCCGGAGUUUCUUCUUCUUUGUUUAUUGGCAAAGUGUUACAAAACUGGCCUGUCAAUUUUGGAGGAAGAUAUCUUUGAAGUUGAUCAACCAAGGGACCUUUUUCUCUACUGUUAUUAUGGGGGGAUGAUAUGCAUAGGACAAAAGCGUUUUCGCAAGGCACUGGAGCUCCUACAUAAUGUUGUUACUGCUCCAAUGUCAAGUAUAAAUGCCAUAGCUGUUGAAGCUUACAAAAAAUACAUAUUGGUUUCUCUCAUUCACAAUGGACAGUUCUCUACCAGUCUUCCUAAGUACACUUCUUCAGCUGCUCAGAGAAAUCUAAAGAACCACUGUCAGCCCUACAUUGAACUGGCGAAUAGUUAUAGCACUGGGAAAAUUGCAGAAUUAGAGCAGUAUGUCCAGACAAACGGGGAGAAGUUUGAAAGUGACAACAAUCUUGGACUGGUGAAGCAGGUUGUGUCAUCCAUGUAUAAGCGAAAUAUCCAGAGAUUGACUCAGACAUACCUGACCCUCUCUCUCCAAGAUAUUGCCAACACAGUACAAUUAAACAGCCCUAAAGAGGCAGAAAUGCAUGUCCUACAAAUGAUCCAAGAUGGUGAGAUAUUUGCAACAAUCAACCAGAAGGAUGGAAUGGUUAGAUUCCUGGAGGACCCUGAACAAUAUAAGUCCUGUGAGAUGAUUGAGCGUAUCGAUUCAUCCAUCCAAAGGAUAAUGUCACUGUCAAGGAAGCUGACUACUAUGGAAGAGCAGAUGUCAUGUGAUCCUCAGUACCUAGCAAAGGCUGGGAGAGAAAGACAGAGAUUUGACUUCGAUGACUUUGAUACUGUUCCUCAGAAAUUUAACAUAUGAAGUAAUCUUGAUUAGUCUAUGAUCUAUGGAAAUUAUACAUGAUUACGAGAAUGAUGCCAGACCACAUACUUUGCUCCAUCGGCAUUUAUUGUUCAAAGAGAUGAAAAUUUUUCUUUUGUUAUUUUACUCCCAAAAUGAGAGAUGUGGAUAUCUGUGAUUAGAACCUUGUUCAAUUAUUAUUUAGUUAUGAGGAUGUUUUAUUUUGAAGUGUUUUCUCAACUAUUUAUGAUAUCGUUUCCUGUAUUCUUUCUCAA